UUACAAUUGAAUUAUACAAGUUGUAGUUUCACAUUCAUACUAACCUCUCAACUUGUCUGUAUCUUAUGGAUUCAUAAACACAAAAACUAACAAUAAGUAUGUAGUUUCAUAGAUUUACAUAAUGAAGUUUUAAAUAGGUACCGUCAUAAAUUAAAAUUGAUAAGUCUUUAAAUGUAAACACAACUCUAAUAAAAACUAUAGAAUCCGUGGAAUUAAUUAACGAAGAUAGAACCAUAUAUUAACCUUCAUUAGAAAACUCAAAGUCGACAAUGUGAAAUCUUCAAAAGUCUCAUUGUUCUCACCUCAAAAUUAAAGUUGACUUUGUCACCAAAUCCUAUAUUUUAACAAGGUAUCACAUAAAACACACCCCUUAUAUUUGUAUUAAGUAAUCCAAAAUUUGUUAAGUCAAAAGACUCAAAAUCACUACCUAUAGGCUAUAAUGCAUCCAUCUAAAUAAAGACUUGAUGAGAUAUUUGUAUUAAGUAAUACAGUAUUUGGCAACUUACUUGUAUUUACCUAGAGAAUUAUACCAUUAUACUUUUAAUUAUUCGUUCAAAUAUACUAUUAAGUAAUAGAAAUGUUUGUUUUGGUCUUUGGUUACAAUCAAAACAUUGAGAAACCAUCUCUCUCUCUCUCUAUAAAAUGUUCAUUGACCUUACAAAGACGACGAAUAGAGUAUCACCCAAGUAACUCUCACCAAUGGCAAAACAAGCCAAGUGUGUUACUUUCUCUACCCCUUCUCCUAAAUCAAUCAUGUCUUCUCUUUCUUCAUCCACUUCUUUCUCACAAUCCCCUCUCAACCAGACUUUUUCUCUGUCCAUGGUGGAGGAAACCUUGGAUUCCACGGAACCAAUCAUCAAGAAAUGGGAUCCAAACACAAAGACCAUCUCUCUGUUCAGUCACAGCAGAAAACAAGCCAAAGAGUUCAUCAGAUGCGUCCGUGACUUACGCAGAGCCAUGCACUUUCUCGUCUCUCAACACUCUCAAUCUCCCAACCUUGUUCUUGCACAUAGCCUGAUGGAGAUUGCUAUGUCCAGGCUUGAAAAAGAGUUCUUCAUGAUACUAUCUUCCAACCUAGACCAGCUUGAUCCUGAAUCAGUCUCUGGUCACUCCUCAAUAUCUAGCUAUUCAGAGUUUGAAUAUGUUAUGCAAUCUGAUGAUGAGAUGGAGAAGGCUAGUGAAUCCAUCUCUGAGGUUGAGAAAGCUUCUGCUCUGGUGAUGUCUGACUUAAAGGUCAUAGCAGAGACUAUGAUCAGCUGUGGUUAUGGUAAAGAGUGCAUAAAGAGUUAUAAGAUGAUCAGAAAGUCAAUUGUUGAUGAAGGGCUACACUUACUUAGGAUCCAAAAGUGCAAGAUCUCCUUGUUUAACAGAACUGAUUGGAGCGUGCUUGAGCCUAUGAUCAAGAACUGGAUCAAAGCUGCAAAGAUUGGAGUCACAACACUCUUCAGAGGAGAGAAACUUCUAUGUGAUCAUGUCUUCUCUGCUUCCACUACAAUAAGACACACUUGCUUCUACGAGAUAGCCAACGAAGCAGGACUCAAUCUCUUCAGUCUACCAGAGCUUGUCUCCAAUAAGGAGAAGAAAAAACUCCCUGAGAGGAUCUUCAAGCUCAUGGAUCUCUAUGCAGCUAUCUCUGACCUUAGGCCAGACAUAGAACUGAUCUUUCACUUUGAUUCAGUAGCUCCUGUCAAGACACUGGCUAUUUCAUCACUCAAGAAAUUCAAGAACUCAAUCCACACGUGUCUCACGGAGUUUGAAUUGAAAAUAAAAAAGGAUUCAUCGAAAGCACUUACUCCUGGAGGAGGGAUUCACAAGCUGACUCGAACAACAAUGAGUUUUAUAUCAUCAUUGUCUGAAUACAGCCGUGUCUUGGCUGAGAUCCUUGCGGAACACGCUAUCAAGAGAAACACUCGUUUGCUAGAAUCUUACUUCACGGCUCCAAUCUUGGAAGAUGAACACAUCAACCACCAUGCAACCUCGGUCCAUAUAGCUUGGCUCAUACUGGUUCUCUUAUGCAAACUAGACAUUAAAGCAGAGAGUUACAAGGAUGUGUCUCUCUCUUACCUCUUCCUAGUCAACAACAUUCGGUUAGUGGUUGAUACCGUUCGUUCAACUCAUCACCUCAGGAACCUUUUAGGAGACGACUGGCUCACCAAGCACGAAGCAAAACUCAGAAGCUACACUACAAACUACGAGAACGUAGCAUGGGCCAAAGUUUACCAAACCGUACCGGCGAGAACCAGUACCACACUAUCACCAGACCAGGCCAAAACACAUUUCAAGAGGUUUCACGUGGCAUUCGAAGAAGCGUACAUGAAACAAUCAUCAUGUGUUAUACUUGAUGCGAAACUGAGGGACGAGUUUAAGGUUUCUAUAGCAAGGAAACUCGUACCGGAGUACAAAGAGUUUUACCAAAAGUACUUGCCAAUGCUUAGAGAGGAGAUAAACAUAGAGAUGCUGGUGAGGUUUAAACCUGAUAACUUGGAGAACUAUCUCUCCGAUCUUUUCCAUGGAACACCAAUGCUUAGUGACUCUUCUUCUGCUUCUUCUUCUUCUUCUUCCAUGAGUAUCUCACUUGGAUGUGGAUGAAAAAUUCACAGAGCAUUGUCUAGCAUCUUUCACUCAAAUGGAUGUAAAAUUUCAGUUUUGUAUAAUCAAACCGUAUUUUUUAAUGUCAU